ACAUACAUACAUACAUACAUACAUACAUGCCCCUACUUGGAGACAAGUGAUUCCGCUGUAACUUAAUCACCGACCACUUGUAGAUUUCUCGUCAAAUUUAAAGAAUUGUUCAUUUCUGUAUGGCCACCAAUGAUUUACCAUUGAAUUUUUGUGAACGUCACAGAUAAUUUUUGCAUUUUUUGCCAUCAAAUCAGGUGUUACAGGAUACCAGAAAGAAACAAGAGAGAAAAAUGAUUACAAAAUAUAUUUUUCUGUUUUCCUUAGCUUUUUCCCUGUCCUGCACUGAAGUUACUUCGAAAGCAGAUCCUUGUGAUCAUUACACGGAAAAAGAAGUUUCAUCAAGACAUGUUACAAAGGAUAAUGAUACUCUCUGCGACAAUACGCUAACAGAAGGAUGGUACCGCUUUAUCAUUGGUAAACAGCCAGCCAUUAUUCCAACUCAGUGCAUCAAGAACGAUUUCUGUGGUACGAAACUGGGAAUGUUUAUCGAUUUGAAGAAUCAGACUUUGCCCGCUAUCGGGAACACGAUUUCCGUUACCGCAUGUUCAUCGUUCGAUAUCCUCGGAAAAUGGGACUGCUGUGUGCUAUCCAAGCGUAUCGAAAUGCGACAUUGCUCCGGAGAUUUCUUUAUCUAUAAUCUAAAAAAGACAGAUAGAUGUCCAGUCGCUUACUGUUCCAUAUUGCAAAAUGAGCCUGAUCGCAAUAAUUAUACUAUCCGUCAUGGUGGUGAUGUAAAUGAAAUUUCACCGUUUGUAUCAACAGAAGAUAUGAUUAAAGACCUAACGACUUUGGAGACGCCUCUCAUAAGCUCAAUAGGUUCAAAUGCCCAUAAUUUAACUACUGCAGAUAUUCAGGCUCAAACUUUCGUCACAGUAAAUCAAACGGAAAAAGAUGUAAAUGUAGAAAGUGCAACUAGAUCUAAUUUAACAACAGACUUACCCAAAAGCUCCGUUACAAAUAUCUUAGACAUUAAAACAAGGAAAGGAGGACGUAAUGCCACUGUGACUACAGACAAGAGCCUGACCACUAAACUUCCUGCAAAAGGAUCAGUAAGAGGAACGAAAAGCACCACAUUGCCUGUUACAGUAAAAACCACCACAGAAGACGAAGAUUCAGUACUUAAAUACUUCGGCAGUGGAGAAAAAAAGGAAACCGCCUGGAAAGAGAAAUAUUCCAUACACAAUUCGACAGUUUCACCUGCUACUCCCCAUAGAACGAGUAUAACACCAGUUAUAACAACUUUCGACAAGACAGUAACGCCAAAUCAAACAAUUACGGCUGAACCAUCACAGGACAUCUUCCAAGAAUAUUUGGCUCUAUUUAUCAUUUUAAUGAUAAUUGGGUUUCUUUGUCUUAUACUCCUACUAUCCAGCUGUAUGUACCUCUAUUGCCAACGCCAUUCGGGCCAUUGGGAUCGGGCGUUAGCCGAACAGUAUCAUGUGACUGUGGUCCCUCGACGAGAUGCUUUGAUUAACGAAAGCCCCUACAGUGAUGAUGUUAUCCUUCAUGAUGAGAAAGAAGAGAAAUUAGGGAGCAGCCUUGGCAGUUCUUAUCAUGGUGUCAAUCCAGGUAACAACCUAUCCUACUCAAACAGCAUCAAAGCAAUCAAUGACCUGAAUAAUUUGACCAUGAGAAGCCAUCCUAAUGACUUCAACUCGCAGCCACUUGAUGGAACCGAGGGCCUCGUCAUACCAAUUGACCAGUUCAGACCCGAAAAAGACACUAUGAAUAUUGAAGACACAAUUUUAUGAGUAAGUGCUCGCUGUGAGCACCAGAUCAGCAAAAGACAUUGUCAAUGACAAAGAGUUAAUCCUUUGACAAUUCUUCAGUUUAAAAUCAUCAGGAAUAAUUAUUUCAAAACUACAAAAAAAA